AUGGAGCGUGGGAGCAAAGGACCGUCGUUCGCUGUCAUUGUGGUGCACCUCGUCGGCAACCUUAUCGCAGGCUGCCUCGUUCUUCUCUCGCUUGUGACGCUCGUGGCGCUUCUGAGCCAAGGGAUGGCCUACCGCAUGGUGGUGGCCCAAAAUUACCAAGAUGCGAGCAUGGACUGGGCGCCGCUUGGCAACUCGUGCGUCCUGACGCAGCACGGAUUUGUCGCCGACUCGUGCAGCACCAAUGAAACCAAUGUGACGACGCUGGCAGCAUGGACCGCCAUUGGCCGCGUGCUCGCACAGCAGUGGGCACUGCCCGACGCGGACGCUUGGUCGGUCACAACGUGCAUGGUCGGGUCCAAAGACGUCGGGUACUUUGGCGUCACGUUCCUAGCCGGAUACGCUGAGGACCCAACACCCGAGUGCCUUCCGACGGGCGCCCAGGCGAUUGCUGCCAUGGCCUCGCUCGAGACCAUGGCCACCACUACGUACCCGAGUGGCGCGUACUUGGUUACGACCAUCGCAGACUCGGAGAUGAUGGCGGUCGACGCGCACCUCAAUUCGGACGGCACAACGAGCAGAGUGUUUAUGAAUGCAACCAAGGCAAUCGUGACGGUGACUGGCGACAUGGCGCCCGUCGUCCAAGCAACCAAUUGGCGCAUUCAAGCCAUGCCUCUGGGACCUCGGUAUGCCGUCGAGACGUACUGCCAGUCGCUGUUUCUGGAUUUGACGCCAGAUCUGGACGCGCUCGCGGGUUACAGCGCUGGGAAACAGUCCCAGGCACCUAUUGUGAAUACGUGGAAUUGUGGCAACCACGUGAGCAACGCCAACGAGAUUGCAGUUGCGCAGGUGGUGUUUGCCUGCAUUGCGCUUUUGCUUCUCCAUGGCGAUGCGUACAUAACGAUCGAAGGCUUCUCUGGUCUUCUCCGGCGCAAGCCCAUCUUGACCUAUGAUGUGCUGUCGGGCAUGGAGCAGCGGCUGCUCCUCGUCGCAUCGAUGGUACUCAGCGCACUGCCUUCGCUCUUGUACGCGGACGUUGCCCGCAUUUAUGCUGGCACGACGACCGGCGCUCAAAUUUGGGUCCUCUCGCUCGCUCUGCUCGGCGUCUUGGUCGCCUUUGGCGUCGUGCUGCUGGUUGGCAGCCUCCAGCGACUCCCGUUGCCAUUCACCCCGACACGCGUGCUGCCGUACUCGGCCCGCAUCUUUCUGUCGCUGACCAUCUUUGGCAUCGUCGGUGCUUGUUAUCCCCUGCAAGACGAAUGCUACAACGAUUUUUACAGCACUCCACCGGCGCUCUUGGGGCUAUCUAUCAACGGAAUCGAGCUUCCAGCCGGCGCGUACGACCCCAAUGUGCCCGUGACCUCUGUGCUGACGCUGCUGGUGUCGACGCUUGGUAUGGUCACGGCCGCCGCGUUGGCCACCGCGGUGCUCAUGAGUAUGCUUUCGUGUGCGACGAAUGCCUUUUUGCAAGCGAUGCACGAGCCGCGCUGGCUCACAAGCGUCCCGCUCCACCAAUCAUCCGCGAUUCGCUUUGGCAACAAAAUGUUUUGCAAACCGAGCACGAUGGCGAUGCUAGGGUACAUAUUCAUCACGCCCUUCACGGACGACGUGGUCAGCGGCAAGGGCUCGCUUGUCUUCCCAUCCAAGCUCCGGCAAAGCCGACGGGUCUUGACGUCGCAGAAGUCCCGCGUUGAUAGCGCCGCCGCCAAGUACGCGAGCCACGCCGACGUGCCCGUCGUGCGCUACGUCGUGAGUAUCUACGCGCUCGUGCUGGCGACUGCCCUGCGCUGCAUCGCCUGCGGCUACCGGUGUCACGUGUACGGUACCGUCACCAAGGACGGCAGCUUCACCAAGCUCGAGCAAGUUCGCCUCGAUGAAACGCAGCGCUUCAUGCACAGCCGAGGCGUGUGCGUCAACUAG